CUUGAGUUGAACAGAAGAAGAGCAGUUGGUUGUCGCUGUAUGAUGACGUCGUGGAUCUCAGUGACCGUGAGCUGUCUGUCAUGUUGAACGGAAAGAAAGCGUGCUGACGACCAAAAUGAUGAAUUUAACUGCUUUUGUGCACAGCCUGAGAUGUUCUUUGCUACACAUUGAAAGCAGACUUCUGCAGGCGUCCGGACUGACGUUAGACAAACAACUGGCUCCAUCUCUGGCAGUGAAUGGCCCUAGCCUCCUGCCUCCGGUCGACAUGGAAGAUGAACCGGAGGAGCAGUCUGCUGGCCUCACUGACGGCAUCCUCUGGAUGGCAGUGCCCAAGAAAAGGCGCACCAUAGAGAUCAACCGCACCAGGAGGAGAGAUGAGAACAACCUCCUAAAAGUCAAGAACAACAUUGAGCCGUGCACAGAGUGUGGCCACUUGAAGCAGAAACACAUCAUGUGUGGCUUCUGUUAUGCUAAAGUGUGCAAGGAGACGGCUCUGAUUCGUCAACAGAUCACAGCAAUGGAAGGCGGCCCGCUGAGGGCCCCGGCUGUAGAGACCGUUGUCGUGUACGAGGGUGAAACACCAAGUGAGCUGGACAAGGACAAGAGGAUUGUGGAGAGAGGCAGGAAGAGGCCUGCCUGGUUCAGCUAAAUAUAUUCAGAUAUUAACGUUGUGUGUGAUACAUACCUUGUGUUUGACACGGCUCUCACCCAACCACACACACACACAAUGAUUCUUGAUAUGAUGCAGGAAACAGCAUAUUUUGUCCAGUGUGUUAAUCAGUAAAUUAAGGAGUUUUGUUUCCAUUGGGUAACUGUUGGAUCAGCACUGAUACAAGCAGUUUUGAUGAAUACCGCCACAUCAGACAUGUUUGUGAACUGUACUGUAUGAAUGAUGUGUUGGUCUAGGACUUGUAUAGCUGCAAAGAUUGAUAUAAUAUAAUAUUGAGGAUUUUCAAUAUUGGAUCAUUUUCUUGGUGUUCUCAACUCAUUUCUGACUGAAAAAUGCAUUAUAAAUUUGAUUGUUUAAUAAUAAAUCCAUUAUUUGGAAAAUAAAA